GCAGUGCGAGUCUCCGGUGGAAGGAGGGUCUGUAGGACGAGUUUCCAGGGCUGAGACGAUGGCAGAAGGAGAUAACCGCAGCACCAAUUUGCUGGCUGCAGAGACUGCAGGUCUGGAAGAGCAGCUGCAGGGAUGGGGAGAAGUGAUGCUGAUGGCCGAUAAAGUCCUCCGAUGGGAAAGAGCCUGGUUUCCACCUGCCAUUAUGGGUGUGGUUUCUUUGGUGUUUCUGAUUAUCUACUAUCUAGAUCCGUCUGUUCUGUCCGGUGUUUCCUGUUUUGUUAUGUUUUUGUGCUUGGCUGACUACCUUGUUCCCAUUCUAGCGCCUAGAAUUUUUGGCUCCAAUAAAUGGACCACUGAACAACAGCAAAGAUUCCAUGAAAUUUGCAGCAAUCUAGUAAAAACUCGACGCAGAGCUGUGGGCUGGUGGAAACGCCUCUUCACACUAAAGGAAGAAAAACCUAAGAUGUACUUCAUGACCAUGAUCAUUUCUCUUGCUGCGGUUGCUUGGGUGGGACAGCAAGUCCACAACCUGCUUCUCACCUACCUGAUAGUGACUUUCUUACUGUUGCUUCCCGGACUAAACCAACAUGGAAUCAUUUCGAAGUACAUUGGAAUGGCCAAAAGGGAGAUAAACAAGCUUCUCAAACAAAAAGAAAAGAAAAAUGAGUAAUUCGCCUGCUGUAUUCAGUGUGAUUAAGGGAGUAUAUGUCCCUGGGAACAGUUUCUACUGUACCAUCUGGAUACUAAAAUGUAACAGAAGCAGCUCUUUGCUGUUCCUCCCUCUCCCUUAGCUAAUAGAAUUUCAGACUGCCAAGUAAGGCUUUGUGCAUAGUGUCUUCAUUCAAGUACAGUUGAUGCAUUCUCAUCAGUUGGCCUUGUGUGCGCAACUCAUUAGUGACCCGACUUGUUUUGAUUUUUCUCACCCAGGGUUAAUUGAAUUCUUACUUUUAGAUAAUGUCCUUUAAAAUAAUGUAGUGGUGAACUUUAACCUUUAGUACAGUUAAAGUGACUUUAGAUAAUUGUUCGAGUUGAUGUUUGCUUUAGCUAGAUACUAGGUAGUCUGUGGCUACAGGAAGCUGGUUCUACUGUUUGCUUCCACAGUCUGCUUUAAAAACUAUCUGAUUUCAUGAAUAUAUAGACCAAAUUUACCACUUCUGAUGAAGAGACCAAUUCAGAUUCAUUCCUCAUUCUGUCUCUUUACUGUGGGUGAAGAAUCCCCAUGGAAUAAAAUGAAACUAAUUCUGUGCCCUACUAUAUAUAGGUUUCUCCCUUGUAUAAAACUUGGCAAUUUGGAGGAAACCUUGACCCUUUUCUCUCAAAGAGGAAUGUUUGACAGGCUUAGAACUCUUGUCACCUUGCACAUGGACUUCAAGCAAACUUUCAAAAGUUUGUAUUUCGGGUUUGUAGCAAAACCUUGAAUUUCAGAUUUCCAGCAAACUUUAGCUAUAGUAUUCAGCAGGUUAAGACUCAUGUCUAUGACUUUUACUCCAAGGCCAGCCAGUAAAGGACAGAAGUCUUCUAUGUUCAGUCAAGAUUCAUUUCGGUAAGAAAUAAUCUUAUCUGACUAAUUUUUGAGGCUAAAAUAAGGCUUCAAAGGUAAGCCUCAGAAUUCUCAUUUUUGGUAAUAACAGUUGUUUGGGUUCCCAUAGUUUUGGCAUAGAAGAGAGUGACUACACUGGUAUCUGAAUUUUUUCCUAGAAAUUUCCUGAAAAAUGCAAGAGCUUUUGGUGAGAGCAGACUUGAGGUCAUGAUAGUUGGCCUUUGGUCUACAUAGACUUUGUAAUUCCUUGGAAAGCUUCUUGUAAUUAUUCUUUCCCUCUCAGGAGCAAAAAAUUUAGAGUAGUUGAAAUCUGUGGGAGUGAACCUCUGAGGGCCAAAAAAUGUGACAUAUUUGGGAACAAUUCUUAAGUUGAUAAACUAGCUGUAAUAUAGUUUUGUGAAUUUAUUGCACUGAUGCUGUACCUUGUGAUAUGUCUGUCCUUGUUAAAUAAGUAAUAUUGUUUUUCUCUUUAAUGUUGCUGUAAGCAGUGGUGUUCAUUGUAGCAUAUGUUUGGUUUUGUUUUUUAAUGUUUCUUAUGAAAACUACCUUAAUUUUACAUGUGUUUCUUCAUUGUAAAUAAGCCUGUUUUCCUAUCAGGAUUUUUUGUGUGUGUGUGGAUACAUGUUCUACUGAUAACUACUUUUACAGUUUUAAUUCUGUAUUAUUUCUUCUACUUUGUUUUGUGAAAAGGGGAAAAUUAAAAAAAUAAAAAAAAGCUGGAA